CCGCAGGACGGGCCCCGGAGCGCCAAGGAGCCGGGGGGCGCCGACGGCCGCGCCCUCAAGAGGGCCUGUCAGCACCGUACCUGGCGCAGUGGGGCCGUGGUGCAUAACCAGGGCUUAUGGGUGCUACCAGAAUAUAAACAAUGCUAAUAAGUGACAGCAAGGAUAAGCUGCACCUUCCUUCUCCAAAAGCCUCACUGCUUGAGCUCAAGGAGAAUCUCUGGGAGCAGUGAACAGUAUUGGGCCUAUGCCACGUAGGCAAACAGGUUACCUUCCAUUAGAUGAAAGGAGAUCUGCCUCUUACUUACACAUGCCAGUCCUCUGUCAAGCCAGCCAUUGAGAGAUGAAUGCUGCAGCUCCUCUUCUGCACAUCCAGAAGGAUCAUAGGCAGAGAAGAGGAUCUUUGUGAACCGCAGCCUGGCUCUGGAGAAGAUCAGGUGCUUUGGUUUCGAUAUGGACUAUACGCUGGCGAUAUACAAGUCCCCAGACUACGAGGAGUUGGCCUUCGAGCUGCUGCUGGACUGGCUGGUCUCCAUUGGGUACCCCCACGAGAUCCUGAAGUACCAGUAUGACCCGACCUUCCCCACCAGGGGCUUGGUGUUUGACACUCAGUAUGGGAACCUGCUGAAGGUUGACUCUCAUGGGAACCUGCUGGUCUGCGCCCACGGCUUCCGCUUCCUCAAUGGGGCUGAGAUCUGGAAUUAUUACCCCAACAAGUUCAUUCAGCGGGACGAUAUGAAGCGAUUUCACAUUCUCAACACGCUCUUCAACCUCACAGAGACCUAUCUCUACGCCUGCCUGGUGGAUUUCUUUACCAACUGUUCCAGAUACGUCAACUGUGACACAGGCUACAAACACGGCAACCUCUUCAUGUCAUUCCGCAGCAUCUUCCAGGACGUGCGCGAAGCCAUGGACCACGUGCAUCUCUCGGGCCACCUGAAGGAGAAGACCCUGGAGAACUUGGAGAAGUUCGUGGUGAAAGACCCCCGUGUGCCCCUGCUGCUGAGCCGCAUGAAGGAAGCGGGGAAGGUUUUCCUGGCCACCAACAGCGAUUACAACUACACAGAUGCGAUAAUGACGUACUUGUUCACCUUGGACCCGGGAGACAAGGUCCAGCGCCCAUGGCGCUCCUAUUUUGACCUGAUUGUCGUGGACACGCGCAAGCCACUCUUCUUCGCCGAGGGGACUGUCCUGCGGCAGGUCAACACGGACACAGGGAAGCUGCGUAUCGGGACCUACACCGGACCCCUCCAGCACUGCGCUGUCUAUUCUGGAGGCUCCUCGGACAUGGUGUGCGACCUCCUGGGGGUGAAGGGCAAGGACAUCCUCUACAUCGGGGACCACAUCUUCGGGGACAUCCUCAAGUCCAAGAAGAGGCAGGGCUGGCGCACCUUCCUGGUGGUGCCCGAGCUGGCCCGAGAGCUGCACGUGUGGACAGAGAAGAGUGAGAUCUUCGAGGAGCUGCGGAGCCUGGACGUGCUGCUGGCGGAGCUCUACCAGCCCUUGGACAGCAGCAGCAGCGAGCGCCCGGACAUCAGCUCCAUCAAGCGCCAGAUCCAGAAAGUCACCCACGAGAUGGACAUGUGCUACGGGAAGAUGGGCAGCCUCUUCCGCUGUGGUUCCCGCCAGACGCUCUUUGCCAACCAGCUGAUGCGCUAUGCAGACCUCUACGCCGCCUCCUUCAUCAACUUCCUCUACUACCCCUUCAGCUACCUGUUCCGUGCACCGCCUGUGCUGAUGCCGCAUGAAUCGACUGUAGAGCACGUGCACCUGGAGCUCAGGGAGUCGGGCUUGUUAACGGGGCAUCGGCUGCACCAGCUCAGCUUCCACGGCCACCAGAACCUCAGAGGCAUUUUUCAGGACACUGACAAGGCUGAGGAGGACGACGAUGACUGAGCCGGGCCACGGGCGGAUUGCUGACUGGACGGCAGCCGCCAAACCCAGAACAAAGCAUUUUUCUGAGGCAUCAAAAUCCUGUGAAACGGGAGUGUUCUGAAAAGAAACACUGGAUGCCAACUAUCCCUGCCAGUCUAGCCUUAGCCACCAGUGCCUAAGGGGGCCCUUUGGAAUCCAGCAGUUGUUUGCAUUUUCCUCCAGGGAUUGGUUGAUUCAGUGGAGACAGUUCAUGCCCUCUGAGGCAGAAAGGCUUUUAGCAGCCAGGGAAGGGUAAGAGGCCACUGCUGGUGCACUAGAAGUCUGUGGUAUGCUAGUUUCUCUGUCCAGUCCCCACUGACUUCUCCUUUGCUAGGUUGACGCAUGUAGCAGUUGUUGCUUUGUGUGUGUCUACUACAGUGGUGGGGUUCCUGAAGUCAGAUACUCAGCCCUUACAAGCCAGGAGCUAGUGACCCUGCCCGAUUCCACUGCUCUUACAUGGGAUGGGAAAAGAAAGCUCUGAUUCCCUGGGGAUUGUGGCUGAACCUGGAUGCUAGGGCUUGGAGCAGGCAGUGCUGGUCUGUGCCCUCUGCCUCCACACCCCCACAAGGCAAUGUGAACUCUCAUUCAGUAUAUAUUGAAUAGCUAGAUUUCUUUUGAGCUGGGAUCCCAGCUCCUCCUUCAGGAAACACUCUGCAGCCCUACUGCAUUUAUAUCAGCAGGGAUGCUUGAUAGUGCCCAACCCCCUCCCACAAACGGAGUACCGUUUUUAAAGGCUUGUGCAUGAAGGUUGUCCUAGGUCUGUUCAGGGAAUAAAAGAAUCCAAACUGUCCCAAUAAGGCUCAAACCUGACUGAAGUUUAAAGUCACAAGCUCCAUACUUCUUCCCUUUGGUGCUAAAUGAUGGAUCCACUGGAAAUGCAGGUGUGCCCUAGCACUGCAGCCUUCCAGAGCAGGGCAGAAAGUUCCUGAUUGUAAAUUUAAAUCAAGUCAGCUACCACAGUGGUGCAAAGACCAUCUCAGAGUGAACAGGCAUCCAGAUCACAGCAGCAUCCAAGUGUAUAUACCAGCUCUCCCUGCAAUAGUGCUGAGAGGGCCCUACAUCCACAGGUAGAAGGGGAUGGAGAAUACAGUGUGUGUGUGUGUGUGU